AUGGCUCCUGUAGCCAGCAAAUCUAGGGUGUAUGCAGAUGUCAACCCGUUGAGGCCACGUGAGUAUUGGGACUACGAAGCACAUGUUAUCGAAUGGGGAAAUAUCGACGACUAUCAACUCGUACGUAAGCUUGGACGUGGAAAGUACUCCGAGCCUGUAAAAAAGAAGAAAAUCAAGCGUGAAAUCAAAAUUCUCGAGAAUUUGCGUGGUGGGACGAACGUGAUCACGCUCCUGGAUGUGGUGAAAGAUCCGAUUUCACGUACCCCAGCACUGAUUUUCGAAUACGUCAACAAUUCGGACUUCAAGCAGUUGUACGGAACUCUAAGUGAUUUAGAUAUUCGUUACUAUCUGUAUGAACUGCUCAAGGCACUGGAUUACUGUCACUCUCAAGGAAUAAUGCAUAGAGAUGUGAAGCCGCAUAACGUCAUGAUCGACCAUGAGAAAAAGCAGUUACGCUUGAUCGAUUGGGGAUUGGCUGAAUUUUACCAUCCAAAGCAAGACUACAAUGUUCGAGUCGCAUCUCGCUACUUUAAGGGUCCCGAACUUUUAGUGGAUUAUCAGUGCUAUGACUACUCAUUGGAUAUGUGGAGUCUAGGAUGUAUGCUUGCAAGUAUGAUCUUCCGCAAAGAACCCUUCUUCCAUGGCCAUGAUAAUUAUGACCAGCUUGUCCGUAUUGCAAAAGUACUGGGGACAGAAGAGUUGCAUGAAUACGUUGAAAAAUAUCGCAUUGAACUGGAUCCCAGAUUUAACGACAUCUUGGGCCGACAUUCGCGGAAACGUUGGGAGAGAUUCAUCCAUGCUGAGAAUCAGCACCUGGUUACUCCGGAAGCAAUUGAUUUCCUUGAUAAGUUGCUCCGUUACGAUCAUCAGGAACGGUUGACAGCGCGUGAGGCCAUGGCACACCCUUACUUCUUCCCGGUCGUAGACUCUGCACGUCAAAGCGGCGAUACAUUAUCGGCAAAGAGUGAACACUCGGAGCUUCUUCCGCAAGCAGUGGCUACAUCUUGA